AGAGCAUCUUUCAUCACUACCAUGCAAGAGAGCCAGCAUCUAUCCCCAGAGAAGGGGCAGGGACUGGCCAAUGGUGAUGGGGAGCAAUUUGAUUCAGAAAUCUUGUGCAUUUCUGUAACAGCAGUUCUUCAUCAAAGGAUCCUGAGGUGUAAUGGCAAAUGAAAAUCUACUCUUGCAUGCAAGCAUUCUAAAGGGCUGCCUGAAGUCUGCUUCCAUAGAAGUAGGCCAUCUCACCAGGGGUGAAUCACUGAUCCAACUUCAAAAAUGCAGUGGUAACAGUGUUGGGGUGAAUGCUUGAAAACAGCUUGCUUUGGCUUCAGUGUCCUUUGCUUUGACUUCUAUGUUCUUUGCAUCUGUUCUCUCAGAUGGUGCUGUGUUGUGCUGGAAGGUGUCCCUGCCUGUGUCAGGUGACUGAACUAGAUGAUCUUUAAGGUGCCUUUCAACCCAAACAAUUCUAUGAUUCCACGUUGUGUUCAAGUCAUUUGCAAAGCUUGAUCAUUGGUCCACUUCUCACUGUUUCCCACUGAGCACCCCAGAAAUUGUGUGUGUUAAGAAACUUCGAUUCAUCCCACCUAAAGGAAGUGGGAAACUUUUAUGUUCCCUUAGUUAAAAACAUAAUAGUUAUCUUGGGCUCUGCUGUAGAUGUGAAAAAGCUUCUCUUUCAUAGGGUUUCGCAUAGAGAGCUAAGGAUCAUCUAGAGUUAACCAGCUGAAUAUGGAAUUGUAAUGCCUUAAGACAGUUGGAAAAAAAAGUCAUCAUAGAAUAUCUCGAGUUGGAAGAGACUCAUAAGGAUCAUACAGUCCAACUCCUGGCUCCAGCUCAAGUUCUGUAUCUGAAAAUGUUGUCCAAAUGCUUCUAGAACUCUGGCAGCUUGUGGCCGUGCCCACUGCCCUGGGGAGCUUGUUCCAGGCCUCAAAUCACCUUGUCAAUGAAGAACCUUUCCCAGACACUCAACCUGACCCUCCCAUCACACAGUUCCAUGCUGCUGUCACCAUUAAAGAGACUUGUAGCUCUAUAAAACAAGUCAUCUCAUUUUAACAUCAGCACUGGGUUGUCUUUGAGUUGAAAAAUCACCUGGCUGGAAUAGAAAGGGACAUCAGGAUCCUGAUUGACUGUGUUAGGUGGAUCCUUAUCUUGAGAUGGCAUUUCCAGAGUGGGCAGCCUUAUCUAGACACUGCUGGAUCCAUUUAUAUCUAUGAGAGAGCUGUAGGAGCUCUCUCUGGGAUGAGGUGCAGGUGAUCAGUUGUAGGCAUUGGGUUUGAAACAACAGAAACCGGCGUGUGGACCCUAACUGUCUUUGAGAAUAUGUGACUUGGUGACUCUCCCAAGGAGGUAUAGGAGGCUUGUUGUUGAUCAGGAUUUCCCCUUUGCCCCAAGCCCUCCCCUGUGUGUUAAUCCUAAAUCAUUUUGCCUUUCAGUUCUUUGUGAGUGAACAAAGUCAUGAAUAUAUUUAUAUGCCUGUAAAUAAGAUAGCUUAGCAGUUUCCACAAAUACUGUAAUUUCCAAAGAUGUUCUCCUUCGGGUAAGCCUGGGAAAAAUCUAAGCUUAUGUAGCCACAGGUUUUGCGUCUUUUAUCUCAUCCUGCGAGGCUGAUAACAUCUGGAAUAGUUGCAUUUUUAUAGUGUCAAUGCAUGAAGGACUGCAGAGCACUUUAAAGCCAUUCAGGGGCUCAGAGAUAAUGACUUGUUGAUUUUAUUUGCCAUCCUAGACUUGUUUAUACAUCACCAUAUUGUAGGCUAGCCAGCCUUGACUCUUUCAUUAAAAAAGAGCACUGAGCCUAAGCACCAAUAAUUGGAAAGGGAGCUGAUAUGUAAAGUAGGCCUAAUGCCAAAUUUGUCAUCUCACAGGGAGCUCUGCAAAACGCUGGCACCUGGGGCUCUGUGUCUCUCCAGCAGAGCCAGGACUUUGUUGUAGGAGUGUGUGGCUUGAGGACUGACAAACAGAUUGCCUUUAGGAUCAUUGCUUCCUAAGUGGGCACAGUUGUCUUUGUAUGUUCAGAGAGACUUUGCCUUUUGAUUGGGGACCAGCAGAUACUCAGGGAAGGCUGGCAAAGGGUAUCCUGUGUUCCUCAGCAGUAGGGGUUUUGCAAUGGGCAAGAAGAUUUGUGUGCAGUCCAACUACUGUACUUGUGGAUCUAAGUAGGAGUGUACCCCCUGACUCUGGGUCGCCCUGAGUCUGCCCACGAUGUCCCCUUGCCAGGUUUUCUAGAAGGGAACAGAAUCCAUUUAAAAACAGAUUUGGAAGCUUACAUUCGCUUCACAAUCUUUGGUGAAGAUUGUGAUAAAAUGAAGCAAAAUAAAACACUGAUGCCAUGAUAAAUGAGUACUCCAACAUUAUUUUUACAGACCUUGUAAAAGUAAUUUCCUGAUAAAGUCUGCAGAUAAAACACCGUAGAGGAGUCAGACUAUUGAUGUGUCAGAGAGAAAUGAAUUGACUGGGAAGGAAAGCUGUAGCUCACACUGCUGUGGAAAGAAUACUCGUAACGCUUUCCCCUGGCCUCUUGGACCUCCCUAUUUGGCUUUAGAAAGGAGAGAUCAGGGUCGUUAUUAAAACAAGCGCUUUUGGGAGUUCUGUUGGACUGCAUGUGAAUGAAUCUGUUGGCAAGGCUGUGGGAACAGUGUGACUGGUGGCUGUGGGUUGGCAUAUAGCAGAGUAGGUCAUGGGCAAUAAUACAUUAGGAAGGAGGGGAGGGCUUGCUGCAUCUGUAACUAGCAUCUUUAAUGCUAACGUAAUUAACUUAGUGUUGCCAAAUCCUGUCUCUCUGGAGAUACUGCUCCUUGCAUGGAUGGUAUGUGCUGAACUGCUUAAAAGCCCUUCUACCACUCUGUGGAAAUUAGGUUGCCUGCAGAGAUGGUGGAUUCCCCAUCCUUGGACACAUUCACGGUCAGGCUGGAUGGGGCUCUGAGCACCCAGAUCUAGCUGUAGAUGUCCCUGUUCAUUGCAGGGAAGUUGGACAGAUGGCCUUUAAUGUCCCUUCCAACUCAAAUGGUUCUGUGAUAUUUCUCCUUCCCAUAAGAAUGCUGAGGAAGGAUGAAGAGAAAGAGAAACGUGAUGGACUAACCAUGACAGCUGGAGCAAGAAAAAGGAAUGACAGCUGAGAAGAUACAGAGAGCACUGUGGGCUGAGAGAAGUGUCUCAUGCUUUGAAACAGAAAUAGCUGAGCAGAGGGGAAAGACGUGGGGGUAUGUUUGGGUGGAGAUGAUUUUGGGGUUGUUGAGUAACCCAUCCCAGCACCAGAAGCACAAACAGGUGAUAGAACGGGAAACAAUCAGGCAGAGGGGUGUGCCUUUAGCUUUUUGCCUCUUGCUUUUCACAUCAGAAGUUACUGGCUUAUAGUAGGACUGUGAUUGAUGGUGCCUGGGAUAGAAAGUUGCUUAAACAUAGGAGUAAUUGUAAGUUUCUGAUGGAUAGCCGUAUCUGCCCAUAUACCCAUGAACUUGCAUACAUUUUUAAAAAAAUAUUAACCCUUGAAAUCUCUGAACCUGACUCCUCUAAAAAAUAACUCCAGCCGGUUGCUGAUUUUCAGAUUGAAGUUCUCCCUGAUCAUCAAAGUUGCUUGCUUGCAUGAUAUAGCUAAGUCUUAGCAAUUUGUGCACAGAGUUCUUACUUUUGGCUAAGCUGUCCUUGUCUUUCAGCCAAGAAUGAGCAAAGUCCUCCUUUUGUGCCUGGAGUUCUUUUUGGUAGCCAGGAGGCAGCCGUCUUCAAGCCACCUUGCCACUUUACAUGGGAGUAAGAGUUGAUUUACAUCUCCAUAUUUAAUUGAGUUGGUGGUAUGGAGCCAGACGUUAGGCUUGAUGCAGCGGUUUGCAGUGUUUAAUGGUGAUGACAGCUCAGUGCUGCUCUUUGAACUCCCAGACAAAUCUUUACCCUCUUCCAACUCUGUCUCAAAAACCCUCCUCUGAGACAUUUUUUUUUUUUUCCCCUUCGCAUACAUAUGUCUGCAAAUAAAGCCUAUUUCUUCCCCUUUUAAUGAUGAGAGAUUCCCAUUACACAGUAUAAUUUUCUAGUCUUGAAAACUGGAGACCUGUAGCAACAAUUUCAAUAAAUUAACCCUGCCAUUUUCUUCAUAAAACUAUCUGGGGAAGCUCCUUAAUUCAGUUUGUCAUGAGUCACUUUAAUUACAUCAUGACCACGCUGAUAAAUGUGUGUGCAGGUAAGGGUCUCUUGUAGUUUUCCUUGAUAAACGCUUAUUGCAAACAGCUCAUUGCUAGACUGUAAAUAUUUUUGCUCUGGGGAUGUAACUGAGUUUGUGAGAAUGCCUGGGAACAAAAUGAAAACAAUCAGAUGUGGCUGAUUUUCUGUAAGUGAAAGACAGUUUGUUCUUAAUUAUUGCUGUGUGUGUUUCAGCAAUGGUUUCAGGCCUCAACUCUGCUCUGCUCAGUGGGGAUAUGUUUAAAAAAAAAAAAAAAAAAGAGUAAUGUCAACUCCUUCCCUAUGGGGAAAGAAGGGUUGUGAGGGGGCAUUGGUGUGAGCGGGGAAGACAUGAUGCAGAGCCUCAAAUCUGAAAUGGGGCAAGGAUAAAUGCAGGCAACAAGAAUGCAGCAGUGGCCUGGGGAUUUGGAAAAGCAGCUUUGGUGCUGGUGGAAGGAUUCCAUUGGGGUUCUUGGGUGUUGGAGGGCAGAGAAAGGCUGAGCAAGGAGAAAUAGAAUAGCAGAGCUGAAACUGUCUCCCCUCAGCCCUAAGGGCUGGGUUGCUUGUUUUUCAUGCUGCUCAGCCAACAAGAACAACAUCCAUUGUUAUCACCAGUACACUGUUGCAAUUAGCAGUCUGGGGGAACCCAAGGCUGGGACAUGGGCAUGGCCACUGUAUCCCUGUGAUAGCAGGCUGACAAUCAACUCUUGUAGCACAGUCCCUGUUGCAUUAUAAUGAGUUUGUUCCCUUGUUGUGAUGAUUGCAGGGUCAAUUUUGGUCUCACAGUGUUGGCUGAUAAAGUCCCAAAAUCUGCUGAAAGUGUUUUAAGAACCAGUCAAGCUGGCUAAGAACAGAUCUUCAAGGAGGCUUUUUCUCUCACAUUGAUGUUUGUAUCAGUUGCUAUUUUUCCCCUGAACUGUUUGAUACAGCUUUUGCCUUCUUUGGCUGCAUUUUGGGCUGUUUUCCUUUCUUUCUACUACUUUUUUUUUUCUUGUUUUCCUUUUGAACAGAUGAGGGCUCCAGCAUUGAGGAUGCAGACUUCAACUGGGAUGAGUUCCUGGAGGAAACAGGAGCCAGUGCUGCUCCCCACACCUCCUUCAAACAUGUUGAAAUCAGCCUCCAAAGCAGUUUUCAGCCAGGGAUGAAAUUGGAAGUGGCCAACAAGAGUAAUCCAGACACAUACUGGGUGGCUACAAUCAUCACAACCUGUGGACAACUCUUACUGCUUCGUUACUGUGGCUAUGGGGAUGACCGGAGGGCAGAUUUUUGGUGUGAUGUAAUGACAGCAGACCUUCACCCUGUUGGCUGGUGUACUCAGAACAACAAGGUCCUGAUGCCUCCAGAUGCAAUCAAAGAGAAAUAUGUGGACUGGACGGAGUUUCUUAUCCAUGAUCUGACUGGCGCCCGGACUGCACCUGCAAAUUUACUGGAAGGCCCUCUGCGAGGAAAAAACCCUGUAGACCUCAUUACAGUUGAUUCCUUAAUAGAGCUGCAGGAUUCCCAGAAUCCCUUUCAGUACUGGAUAGUUAGUGUGGUUGAAAAUGUUGGAGGAAGAUUACGCCUUCGCUAUGUGGGAUUGGAGGAGACUGAAUCCUAUGACCAGUGGUUGUUUUACUUGGAUUGCAGACUUCGACCAGUCGGUUGGUGUCAAGAGAAUAAAUACAGAAUGGACCCACCUGCAGAUAUCUAUUCUCUGAAGACGAUAUCUGAGUGGAAAUGCGCCCUGGAAAAAUCCCUAAAUGAUGCAGCAAAUUUUCCUCUUCCAAUGGAAGUAUUCAAGGACCAUGCUGAUUUGAGAAACCACUUUUUCACUGUGGGGAUGAAGCUGGAGGCAGUGAAUAUGAGGGAACCGUUUCAUAUCUGUCCUGCAUCAGUGACUAAGGUUUUUAACAAUCAUUAUUUGCAAGUGACCAUUGAUGACUUGAGAUCUGAACCCAGCAAAAUCUCAAUGCUUUGCCAUGCGGAUUCCUUGGGGAUCUUGCCAAUACAGUGGUGCCUUAAAAAUGGAGUCAAUCUCACACCGCCCAAGGGUUACUCUGGCCAGGACUUUGACUGGGCAGAUUACCAGAAGCAAUGUGGAGCGGAGGCAGCACCUCACCUGUGCUUUAGAAACACAUCCUUCAGUCGUGGUUUUACGAAGAACAUGAAGCUGGAGGCAGUGAACCCUAGGAACCCUGCAGAGAUAUGUGUUGCUUCUAUCACUUCAGUUAAAGGACGGUUAAUGUGGCUUCACCUCGAAGGUUUACAGAUGCCCUCUCCAGAGUACAUAGUUGAUGUGGAGUCUAUGGACAUUUUCCCAGUUGGUUGGUGUGAAGCGAAUGCUUAUAACCUUACUCCACCACACAAAGCUGUUUUGCGAAGGAAAAGAAGAAUUGCUGUUGUGCAACCAGAAAAGAAGUUACCAUCCUCAGUGCCUGUUGAGAAAAUACCUCAUGACCUCUGCCCAGUUCCUCAGCCAGACACAACAGGCACCAUCAAUGGGAGAUACUGCUGCCCCCAGCUCUACAUCAACCACCGCUGCUUCUCAGGUCCAUAUUUAAACAAAGGCAGAAUAGCAGAGCUACCUCAGUCUGUCGGGCCUGGCAAGUGUGUGCUGGUCCUUAAAGAGGUUCUGAGCAUGGUGAUCAAUGCAGCUUACAAGCCAGGGAGCGUUUUACGAGAACUGCAGCUGGUGGAAGAUCCUCAGUGGAAUUUCCAAGAAGAAACGCUCAAAGCAAAAUACAGAGGGAAGACAUACAGGGCGACUGUUAAGAUUGUGCGAACGUCGGAUCAGGUAGCAGAUUUCUGCAGAAGAGUCUGUGCAAAGUUGGAGUGCUGUCCCAAUUUGUUCAGUCCUGUGCUGGUGGCUGAAGUCUGCCCAGAGAACUGCUCCAUUCAUACUAAAACCAAGUACACUUAUUAUUAUGGAAAAAGGAAAAAAAUCAUUAAGCCACCAAUUGGGGAAAAUAAUAACAUGAAAAGUGGGCAUGUCAAGCCCACCAGACGCAGAAAAAGGCGGAAAUCCAUCUUUGUGCAGAAGAAAAGAAGGUCAUCAGCUGUUGAUCUGAAUGCUGCAGGCUCUGCAGAGGAGAGCGAAGAAGACGAGCCGGAUGCAGUUGAGGAUGAGACGGGAAGCGAGGAGACGAGCUCAGAGCUCCGUGAUGAUCAAACAGACACCUCCUCUGCUGAAGUCCCUUCUGCAAGGCCCCGGAGAGCAGUUACCUUGCGCAGCAGCACUGAGUCAGACAGACCUCCUCCUACAGAGAGGGCCCGGCGGAGCCGCCGGCCACAAGCCGUGUCUUGCAGUGAGGUGGAGAAGUCACCACAGCUCAAGGAAGAAAUUAAGCACGAAGAAGAAGAGAAGCUCAUCCUGGACAGUAAUCCCUUGGAAUGGACUGUGACUGAUGUUGUGAGGUUUAUUAAACUGACUGACUGUGCACCCCUUGCCAAAAUAUUUCAGGAGCAGGACAUUGAUGGCCAAGCCCUUCUGUUGCUGACGCUGCCCACGGUGCAAGAAUGCAUGGAGCUGAAGCUUGGUCCAGCCAUCAAACUGUGCCACCAGAUCGAGCGAGUAAAAGUCGCGUUCUAUGCACAAUAUGCCAACUGACUGCACUUCUCUCUUUCUUUCUGUUCACCUUCUCAUUCCCUCUAUUUUUUAACAUCACAACUUGUUCACGUUUUUUUUCCUCUUCCUCUUUUCUUAAAAAAAAAAACACAAAAAAACAAAAAACAAAAAUCAUGGAAUUGGAAGCUCUGAGAAUUAAUCUGUAGGGGGAAAAAUAACACAACAAAAAAUCCAGCAACAAAUUGAACUAACUGUUGUAAAGCACAGCGCUGGUAUCUCUCCUCGUGAGCUUUGCCAGCAUGUUUUGCUGCAGUGCAAGGUCAACAUGGAUCAGAUGGAUUGUCGUCCUUUAAAGCAAAGCUACCUAUGGCAGAUACGUUUCCACGGUGAAUAGUCGGACAUUUUCAGUAAUGAUGGUUUGUCUUCGUCAAUUUCUGGACAUGAACAAUCCUUUUAGUCAACUCUGACACACUUCUUUCAUAUUGAAAUGGAAGUGAGAAUUUGUAACGUUACCUGGGCUUUACUGCAAAUUUGAUCUUAGUGAUCAUUAGGCUUUCUUUCACCUCCUCCCCAGUCAUACAAAAGGAAGAAGUGUUAUACCAGUCAUAUGCUGUUUACUGUUGAGUGAGUUAUAAAGCAGGACUCAACCCACUGUCUUUGAAUGGUAUCACACAAAGUUGCAGCCAGUUGACAGACCUUAGGCAUAAUAAUGUUUUCUGAGCAAUGGUGGCCACAGUGAGCUGAAUGUCUCACUGAUGGGAUCUGUGCAGUACUGCAUUCGUGUGAAGGACCGUACAUGAAAACCUCCAAAGUCAAGCCUAUCCAGUUAUAUUUGGGUCACUAAACAUAGGCCAGACUUUGCAACUCAAGGGGUGAAAAAAAUAGGGGGAGGGGAGUCCAGAUUUAAUGGCAAGACUGUUCAGCACAUGCUGAUUUAACUUGCACCUUUGUCAGUCUGGUUACUAGGUGGGAAUAAAAACCAUCAAUAUUUUCAGGCUGUGUACACCGUGGUGCUUUAGUCCAACUGACACAUCCAACCCAGUGCAUCUUCUGUCAGUAAUCUGUAUAAAGCCCCAACUGUGUCCCAGUGGCAGACUGGCCAGUGAAACUGGGGGCUUGCUUUGUACCAAGUAGGGUGAGCACCACAGGGAGUGAAGAAGCGGGACAGACAUCUUGGGCUUGCCUCAAUUGUGCAUACAAGAUCAGUAUUUUCUACUUACUUUACAGGGAUAUAUGGCCCUGUGAGUGCCACAUGUUGACCUCAGCAGUGGUUGGUGGCAUCACAUUGGUGUAAAAUUCUCUUGAAAGCAAGAACCAAACUGGUUCUUCAGACCAAGUCUGAAUUUUGCUCUGACUUUAGGUGCAGGUGAAUUCUUCCCUCAAAAAGUGAAUGGGGUAGUUUGGGCUGAUUUCAUCAGAAACCACUGACUUCAGUAGACUUUUUUUCUACAAACUGGAAACAGACCCCAAUUCCCUGUUCUCAGGGAACACAGCCUAGAAAUAUAGUACAAUCACAUCACAGUGUUGUGAUGCCAAAGCCUACUCAACUAAGAUCUCUCAAAAAUAAAUGUCAUUUCUAACUCUGAAUCUGAAGAGAUUUCUUAGGGCCAAUAACCCCAUCUCAAACAGUUAACAUAUGGUGACAGCAGACUUGGAUCACAUGGUCCUGCAGACCUUAGUGUGCUCAGGAGAACCUACUGACCAACAUCAGGCUAUAGCUGGUGCUUUCUCCUUCAUCAGUUUCCUCCUUAAAAUCUUUGGUUUAGAGGUGGAAAGCCUCAGAAAUAGAGAUUCUGAAUUAUGUCCAGAUUUGGUCUGGGGCAUGGAUUAGGUAAGAAGUAUGGCCAUGCAUUGUGAAGACACUCUAGUCCAUCUUUAAGGGGGAUUCCUGAUUUGCCAUUGGGGAGUGUGAUGUGUGCAAGCUGGGUCAAUUCCUGCCAGCUCAUGAGAUUUCACAGAAAAUUUUCUUCUACUGAAGAUCUUGUUCAAGUUUUAAUCAAAUGAAGGAGCAUGUAGUCAUUGCUGUGCCAAAAUGCUUCCUUUUGUUUCUAAGAAAUCUAGGAAUAGGGUUCCACAGUAUUGCAGACAUUCAAAAACUUGGCUUCAGACUGGAUUUCCUUCUGAGAGUAGCACUGAACUCUGUCCAUGCAAUUAGUUUGAUGACUACUUUGGAUUCCUCUAAAUAUGCCCUAAAAACAUCAUACCACUUUUCAUCUCUGAAGACAAAAGGAUUCUACCCAGCAAGAAGAGAGCAGAAUCAUAGCAUCGUUAAGGUUGGAAAAGACCUCCAAGGUCAUCUAGUCCAACCAUUCAGCUACCCCAAUAUUCCCCACUAAACCAUGUCCCUAAGUACCGCAUCUAUACAUUUCUUGAACACCUCCAUGCUGGGUGACUGCCUGACCUGCCUGGGCAACCUGUUCCAGAGCCCAACCAGUCAUUUGAAGAAGAAAUUCUUCCUAAUAUGCAACCUGAAUGCUUCUCCCAGCUCCACACUGCUUCAGCCCAGUCACAUAACUGCCAGCAGAGGAUAGCCCCCAAAAGUUCAGUGUCAGAAGAACCAGCAUGUAAGGAUGUUUCAAAGAAAGAGAGUGACUGUUCACAAAACAGCAUCCUAGCACCAGUCCUUUACUUACUGUGUCCACCUUCUGAGCAUCCUUUGUUGCUAUAAUAUUCCUUGGACUUUGUGGUUGCAGGGACUUGUUGAAGACAUUUAAUUCUUGUGGGGAUACAUUGAAAAAAAAAAAUCAGGCUUUUUCCAUCAAUUUAGUAACUAUUCAUUUUCCAAUGGCAGCUAACUAUAUGGAGUCUGGGCCAGGGAGCAGCCUGUUCUAGUGUUGGCCAGUCUGGGGAUUGGUGGAGCAUUGAGCCCAGCAUGUGGGAGUCUUCACUGAUUUUUCAGGGAAGUUAAAAUGUAUUUUAAACUCACCUGAUAAGCAAAGACAACAAAAAAAGUUUAAUUUUAGCUCACACCAGCUCUUUUAUUUCCUCAGGAUUUUUGCUUCUCACCAUUUGUCUUUCAGUCUAAUAUUCUUCAGUGUCCUCUCAGUUAUCUCUGUCUAUCCUUUUGGAGAAGAUGAUAGCUUGAAAUCUCGAGCCUAAAAUUACCUUGCAUUGAAUGGGUGGUAGAUGCUUUAUUGUGUUGGGUUUUUUUUGUUUUUUUUUUUAAAGUAUGCAGAAUGGAAAGGAAAAGAGAAUUGGGCUUCUGUUGUUUGUUGAAUUGAUUGCCCCUCAGAGAAGCUGGAGCCCUCUUAGUUUCUUAAACAAGUAGGAAGUGGGCUCCUCACGCUUUAAUUGAACAUUAUAUUCAGAUUGUCACUCGAAGCUUGGGCAGCGAUCAGAGAGAACUGCAUACUCUUUCCUGCACUUCAUUUCAAUUCCUGAAAAUUAGCCAGGGUCUGCAGUAAUUUAUUUCAAAAGAGCAAUCUUCCUAGGGUAAAAUGGCACCUUUGCUAAGUAGAAGCACUUUUGCAAGAUAGUCACCAGGAAGACCUGGGGAAUCCACACUCUUUGACUGACUAACCAUCUCUGGAUCAAGCCUUUCUGUAUUCAGUCAGGUGAUUUUAAAUCUCCCAUAGCUAAUUCUAGAUGCUCUUCAACAUUCAAUUAAACCAUCUGUUACUAAGCAUCGCAAUGUUAACAUUUAUAUGAAGGUAGUAGAUCACAGAAGACCUGUGAAAUAGAGAUUGCUGUAUUUAUGUCUCUUCCCUCUUUUAUUUCAUUUUGUUCAGACCAAUUUCCACCUGACAUUUUUAACUAAAUUAUCUUGUAAUAUGGUGACUUAGAUUUAUUUUUUUUUUGAACGCUGGAGGUGUUUUUGGUCCUUCAUAGAUUCUGGGCCUAGUUCAGAGUUGGUGCAACUUAAUAGAUAUACUGGUGACACUGAUGAAGGCACAUCUUCUCAUUCUGAAUUCGAUACACAGGGCUGAAAUAUAUCACAUUAUCAGUUAAAGUGAUGAAUUCAUGGUUAACCAAGGCCACUACCGAGGGCUGAGGAGCAACCCUGCAGUUGCUUUGGGCUUUUGGAUGCUGAAUUUCAGCACACUCACACUGACCACCUUUCUUCUACAAAAAGGGUGAUCAGGCAGCUGUUGUUGAUCUCUAUUCAGGCAUAGGACUAAAGAUGGACAUUUCCGAAGCUUUGUGCUCUGGAACGCAAUGAGUAGGAGGAGGGUGUAGUACCUACCCAUCUCCAUUUGGCUUCUUUUGAGCUAGAUCAAGUUUAGAAGGGUACCUGCUUCCUUUCCAUCAGCUUGUACAGAAUCCAACCAGUCUGUAGUCCUACGCUGGUUUCUGAGGGUGGAUUAAAGCACUAACUCAGAGGAAUGUCUUAUGACUCCCAGCUGGUAGACCCGCUUGCUUCCUGCUGUCAUGGAUGCUCCUCUCCCACCUCAAAGGAAGAUGAUCUCUUUGAUUUCAGAGCUCUUCUUCCCUUUCCAGAUUGAAAACACAGCUCUAUCCACACCCCCUGUUCUUUCCUCAGUGCUAAAAUGACUGCAGCUCUGAGAAGGGUUUCAAGGUCCCCAGCUCUACCAUGUUAGCCAUAUGCAAUAGAUCUCAAGAGUUUGGUUUUGCAGGAUGCAGAAAACGCAGAAAUGCAGUGUUGACUUACAAAAUCAAGACAAGUGCUUACACACCCUGUCCUUGAUGAAGCAUCUAGCAGAUUCGUGUCCUAGAAGAAAUAGCCUGAUCCACAUUUACAGAGGUAUUCAAAUGUCUGAAGGGAUGUACAGAGUUUCUCAGUAAAAGAUUCAUAAUGCCCAGUAAGAUUUUUCACCUUGGCUAAACAUCUGAUCUGCCUUAAACUGAAAUGUUGCCAUUCCUUGGCUUUAACUUGCAAGCUUUUGCAGCCCAUAGAUGUGGACUGAAGCAAACACCAUCUCAGCUCUCCAAAGGCCAGCCAGACAUCGAGUUGCCAUAAUCCAUUGCUGAUUGCCUGUGCCCUGAUCAUGUUGGGGCACAAAAUUGAUUUUGAUGGAGCUGCAGUGUAACUGCAGUGCUUUUUAGAAGCUCAGUACCGUCAAGGUAUUUCAAAUGAUUUUUGGUUUUCUGCUGCACAGUGUCUGGAAGAAUAAUGCAGCUCAUACUGUUCCUCCUAUUUCAAAAUUCAAGUGCCAAAAGGGAAGAACGUGCUGCAACUGAACACCAUUAAAACCAGCUUUAUUACUUGUGGAUAAUUAUGGUCUCAAGGGCUCCAUUUUGGUGCUAGAAUAUGCCAUGCUGUAUUUUCCAUUGCUUGGAAUUACAGAGUUGAUUCCUUUCUUCAGGAAAUGUUUUCUGUAAUCAAAAACAUCUUAAAUAUUGGGAUUGUAUGAUUGUGUUUAUUUCUUGUUCUUUAAUUCAGAUACACUCAACAAAUGAAUUCCCCUCCCUGCAGUCAUGUGAGUUUUUGAGAAAUUUUGUAAGGUAUAUAUGUAUAUGUAUAUUUAAAAACUCUUUACAAAUUGCAGUGCAUGCCUAUUUUUUCCCUUGAAAAUAUUUUCUCAUAUCAGCUGGCCUAUGAUUAAGGGAAUUUGUUACUCAGGAUUUAAUCCAGAAGUGACCAAGGUUAGAAGUGUCCUCACAUGUGUGGGCUUUGGGACAGGGUCUCCAUCAAAUUCUUUCACUUAGAAGUUAAAAAGCGUGCAGUUAAUUAAUACAAAAUUUAAAAUCCACCCUCCUCCAGCAGGCAGAUAUCCUGCUGAAAUCUGCCAGACUUAAUGAGAAGAGGGCUCAUGUCUUUAGGUACUCAUGAACUCCAAAUGAAAGGAGCAGAAACAUUUAAUGUUCUCAUUUAUUAUUUGGUACGAUACUCCAGCAACAAGUGCAAAUUAUCUGAUGUCUGCAUUUAGAAUAUGAGUCAGUCAUCAAAGAAUGUGAGUUUUACAGCCCAGUAGUCCUUUAAAUGUCAUCUGUCCUGGAGGAGAAGAAUAAUUUUACAAUGAUUUGGUGCCAUGCACUGGAAUUCUCUUGCAGAAGACAGAUGAACUGCACAAAAACAUAUUGGGUCAUCAUUUUAAGUAUGCCCUUUUAAUUGCUUUAGUCUUUCAUGGGAAAAAGGUUUUCAUGUUGCUGGUUUAAAACUCCCACUUUUGUAAUGGCUCAUGGCACAGCAUACUAGCAGAAUGCAUUUGCGUCUGUGGUCACGUUAUGUGUGAGUGUGGAGGUGUUUGUGGACAAGCAGAUAGUUCAGAUAGGACAAGAAGAUCUCCCUUCCUUGUACCUUGUUUUAAUAGUGUCCUCUGUGGAACAUGGAGGGCACAUGCUCCCCAGAGCACAUCAUGGAGGGAAAUGUUUCCAGCAAUGCUGUUGUUGCAUGGCCAUGUUGCCCAGGUAGCCUAAUGCAGCAAGAUAAUUGCAGCCUACCAACAGAUAUUCCUGACCUUGAUAUCUACCUAAGAUAAAUGUAGGAGUAGGCAGGGACUACUCCUUUCUCCUUUCAGGGAAGAAGAGAGGGUUGGAGUUCUGGGUUUGAGGGUCUUCUCAUGUGAGGAAAGGGCACCUGUGGUCUAUCAGCAUAAAUUCCUCAAGACAUCUCUGUCUUUCUCAUAGUAAAUAAAGAUGCUCUGAGCCCUUGCAGGGGCCAAGUGUGAGGGAGGAAGAAAGCAGGCAGUAUAUUCACAGCUAGAAAGCUGGAAGUUUUCUUUCUUGUUUUGCUUAUGGAGAUGUAGGGAUUUGGCUCUGAAGGGUGGAUUGGAGGGCAGUAGGGAAGAUCCGUCUUUCUUCCUUGUACUCAGCUCCUGUACAUCUCCUGGUUUCUGGAGGCAGCUUUCAGACUUCCAAGGGAAAUGUCAGGGACUGAAACUUGAGCUCUCUCCCAUAGAAAUAGGUGAUACUGCCUUAAGCUCAGGUAGUGGAUCUACAAAAUGCUGUUGCAUGUUAUGAUGUGAGAAGACAAAAAUCAACAUUCCCAAGUCACCAGUCUGCUUGUUGCUGCUCCAGCCUCACUGAAGUUUAUGACCAUUAUAUCUGCUUAUAAAUGCAUACAGGGAUAUAAUGUACAGGCAGGCAUUCACUGUGAUGUAGUCCAAAAGUGGUGAAAGAUCUCAAAUGCAGGCUUUGGAAGGUUGAGUUGAGUCUUCUCUUGUGCCAAGGUGAGGCAAGGCAAACACUCAGACCCGUAUGACAGUUAGGGAACAGCAGAAAUGAGCUCAACAACCAGCAGACACAGUCCAUUCGUGGUGAUGCACGUUGGAAAUCUUUGAAUUGUUUUGCAUUCCAGUUUGUAUGGAAGAUUUGAUUCAAACAGUGUAUAUAUAAUCCCUUUGGUGUGUUACAAAUAUAUAUGUGUGUGUGUAUAUAUAUGUAUAUAUGUGUGUGUGUGUGUGUAUAUAUGUAUGUGUAUAUAUAUAUAUAUACAUAUAAACCAAUCAAUGCUGGUGUUUUUACUUUUUAAAGUUCAUGGGGCAAAGGGCAUGUUGUUAGUUUGCUGUAAGAUUCUAUUCUGUAUAUAUGUUUUCAUGUAAAUAAGUGAAAAUCUAUAUUCAGAGUUAUAUUUUAAUUUUUAUUCAAAAUGAAAUAAAUCCCCUUUUUACUUGAGCAAUUGUAAGCUACGUUGUUAAUGAAGUAAC